AUGGCUAGCACUGAGCCCGAACACGAGCACAGAGAAGAAGCGGAAGCCCCAGCCGGUGAAGACGAAGACACCGGUGCUCAGGUAGCUCCGAUCGUCAAACUGGAAGAGGUCGCCGUUUCUACUGGUGAAGAAGAUGAAGAGGCGAUCCUCGAUCUGAAAUCGAAGCUUUAUAGAUUUGAUAAGGACGGGAAUCAGUGGAAAGAGAGAGGUGCUGGCACUGUUAAGUUAUUGAAACAUAAACAGUCUGGAAAAGUUCGUCUUGUUAUGAGACAAUCUAAGACUCUCAAGAUCUGCGCUAAUCAUCUCGUGCUGCCGACCAUGUCAGUGCAGGAGCACGCAGGGAAUGAUAAGUCGUGUGUGUGGCACGCUACGGAUUUCGCUGAUGGUGAAUUGAAGGAUGAGUUGUUCUGUAUCCGUUUCGCAUCUGUUGAAAAUUGCAAAACCUUCAUGGAAAGGUUUCAAGAAGUUGCUGAAUCCCAAAAGAGCGGAGAGGAAAAUAAGGAUGCAACUGCUGCUGCUGAUGCCUUGGAGAAGCUGAGUGUUGAAGAGAAGAAAACUGAGGAGAAAGCUGCGGAAGAGGCACCCACUGCUACCAAGGAGGAGGAAACUAAGACUGACACAGAUAAGAAAGUUGAGAAGCCUGCUCCCUCACCUUGA